AGGCGGGACGAAUUCUUGGGGGAAACCCACGAGGGGACGCGGCGGAGGAGGGUCGCUGUCCACCCGGGGGCGUGGGAGUGAGGUACCGAAUUCAGCCCAUUUGGCCCCGACGUCUCUGUUCUCGGAAUCCGGGUGCUGCGGGUUGAGGUCUUGGUUCCUAAUGGACUGCAAGAUGGAGGAAGGCGGGAACCUAGGAGGCCUGAUUAAGAUGGUCCAUCUACUGGUCUUGUCAGGUGCCUGGGGCAUGCAAAUGUGGGUGACCUUCGUCUCAGGCUUCCUGCUUUUCCGAGGCCUUCCCCGACAUACCUUCGGACUAGUGCAGAGCAAACUCUUCCCCUUCUACUUCCACAUCUCCAUGGGCUGUGCUUUCAUCAACCUCUGCAUCUUGGCUUCACAGCAUGCCUGGGCUCAGCUCACAUUCUGGGAGGCCAGCCAGCUCUACCUGCUGUUCCUGAGCCUCAUGCUGGCCACUGUCAACGCCCGCUGGCUGGAGCCCCGCACCACAGCUGCCAUGUGGGCCCUGCAAACUGUGGAGAAGGAGCGAGGCCUGGGUGGGGAGGUACCAGGCAGCCACCAGGGUCCCGAUCCCUACCGCCAGCUGCGAGAGAAGGACCCCAAAUACAGUGCUCUCCGCCAGAAUUUCUUCCGCUACCAUGGGCUGUCCUCUCUUUGCAAUCUGGGCUGCGUCCUGAGCAAUGGGCUCUGUCUCGCCGGCCUUGCCCUGGAAAUAAGGAGCCUCUAGCAUGGGCCCUGCAUGCUAAUAAAUGCUUCUUCAGAAAUG